UCUGCCCAUAGGAUUCCUAUGGCUCUCUGUUGUCUCACUCUAAUUACUGUUGCAUGAUUUGCCUAUUAAUUACCACUGUCUCUGUUACAUAAACUAACCAGGUGAAUCCAGGUGGAAACUAUGAUGUCCAUCCAUUGUUCCUGAGGGUAAGAGGGGUGGGUAAAGUAUAUUAUCUGUUUGUUCAUGAAAUUACCAAAAAUAAUAAUCUGUUUGAUUUUCACCAUCUUUGUGCAAAUAUAACAUUAAUGUUUAAUACACCUGAUUUAGCCUGUGCUUUGUUUCUAAGUUAGGUUCUGCUUAUUUGAUCCCUGAUCUCUAUUAGUUUUAGUCAUUUUUAAUGAACCUAAAUAGACAGAAAAAUAUUUUUACCUUAUGGAAAAUGUGUAUGUCCUGUUUACAGGUGACUGGGAGAAGAUGCCCUCAUGGGUUACACACUGCUGCUUUUUUACUACUUUGUUCCUCAGUUUUGGGAGCAUCGGGCCUGAAAGUUUUAGGACAUGAAUGUGUUCAACAUUCCGUAGCAUUUCGAAGACAUGCAGUGCAGCAGGGAGUGAGAUGGGGGUAAUCCUGGGAUUUUGGGGGGCAUGCACCGUGCGUUCUCUUUCCCCGUGACUGUGGAGCGCAGUCGGACCAAGGAGCGCCUGGAGGCGAGUCUGGCCGGACUGUGUGAGCUGGAGCUCCGCAAGCAGAGGCAGGAGUGUCUUGUGCUGGGGGCGCUGGCUCUGGGAGAGCCUCUGCCCCAGGACGGCUCCAGAGGAGAGCUGGCGUGUUUCAGCAGCUGGGGCCAGGAAAACUUGACACUGAGGCGUCAGCUGAGUGCUCUCCAGAGUUCCCCAUGGGGCCUGAUGCAGGCGCUGGAACAGCAGGUGGGAGAGCUGAGGAUCGACACAGAUGAUGGCUGCUAUGAUGGAGCUCAAGGAGACACGGGUGACAGUCGGCCCAGUUCUGGUUUCUAUGAGUCGAGUGAGGGUCAGUCGCCAAAAGGAAGAUCUUGUUCCACUGAGCCUACAGAGACUGUCUCCUCCUGGGCUUACACCAACAACAGACCAAAGUCUGUGGGAGAUCCCCUCAUGUUGAAUGAAGAGGCAGAUAUGCCAGUCCUGCGCACAACCCUACCUCGCUCUUUCUCUGCCCCUUACCCACCCCUGGAGGGCAUCGCUGAGGAGGGCACAGCAGCGGACUCCUGGCAGUGGGACCCCAUUGGAGGCAACCAAGCCUGGCAGCAGCAGCCUGCAGAGGACCAGGUCACUGAAGAGGACUACCAGCAGGCUUUGAGGGUAGAGGGUUACAUCCUAAGUCUCAUCCAGCGUCAUACCCUCUCACCACGACCGUGUCAGCCUCGCACCACCCUGAGCCCCGACCCCCCAUACUGCAGUGUCUCUGGACACAGCUCCCUACACAGGAGAACUCCUUCUCUUUCCACAGAGCAACACCUUCCUGACCCCCAUUUUCAGCCCCACAUUGACCUUUUGGCAAACCCCAAGAGCCAGAGCUGGGGUUGUGACCAGCUAGAAGGGGAGGCCUGUGGAGGAGAGGCCCCGUCUUUGGAGGAGGACUGUUAUCUGGCUCUGCCCUACCCCCAGUCCAGGCCACACUCCCUGGCUGGGAGGCUACCAUCACCUCUGCCCUCUCUGGACCCCAGCUGUGGUGUUGGGGCUCUUGACCUUUGUUGUGAACCCACAUCCCCCCAGCAUUAUCUACAUCCACAACCCCCUAUUCAUCACAAGCACAAUUUAGUAAGUGCUCAGUAUAUCCCUGGACAAGCCUGCCAUGCCCCUGUGCGCUCCCCCAGACACUACAACCCAGAGCAGCCUAAGGCCAGCAGAACCUCUAAGAAGAGCCACAAUGACCGACAAAGAUCCAAGAAAUCAAGCAGUAAAACCAAUCGAUCCCAGUCAGAAAACAGCCUGCUGAGCCAGCGAGUGCUGCCUGAGCGCAGGUACAGCACCACUGAGAGGCACCAAGGCAGGGGGGAUCUUGUUCAGAAGCAAGGCCAGAUCACUGGACCACACAUGGGCAACAACAGCCAGCGCUGGUGCUCCAACCUGGAGCUCAGCCAGGAUGAGGGGGAGAGCCACACAGGGCAGGCACACAAACGACCACCACGAAAAGCUCGCCAUGGUCACUCAUGUCCCCAUUCCCAGCCUCAGAACUACCACCAGCAGCAGCACACCGAGCGUUGGCACCAAGACUUUCAGGAGAGAGCACCUCUCUGUCAGGGAGAGGAGGGCUACGCUGGUGCUGCCCCCGCAGAGUCCGAGUCCAGCAUGAGUGAGGUGUAUUCCCCAGCCUCCAGCUCACUGUCCAGUGACUCAGAUGAGAGUGGGGGGCUGGUGUGGCCCCAGCAGCUGCCACCACGCCUUGCCUCUACCUCCUCCUCAUCCUCACCUUCACCACAGGCCGCUGCCAACGUCCCCUCUCAACCAAAAGCCUUUGUCAAGAUCAAAGCCUCUCAUGCCCUCAAGAAGAAGAUCCUCAGAUUCCGCUCAGGGUCCCUCAAAGUCAUGACUACUGUGUGAGGACAUGAUCAAACCUGUUUUAAACCCAUAAUCUUCAUUACUGUGUUGUAAAGCCAUUGUUAGAGCAACAUCAUGGCUGCUACUUUUGUUCACAGUCAUGUUAACCAACAAAUCCAGUCUUUAUAUUCUACCUACCUCUAAUUACAGUGUGUUCAUAGUGAGAGACACUUACAUUAAUUGGCAUGAUUUAAGAUCUGCUCGAGAUCUUCGGCCUGUAGUAUCCACUUGAAUUUAUUUUGUACCUGACAACCAUCAGACACUAGACUAAUGGCCAUUAUCCUGCUCUAAUUGAUGACAGUUGGUGUGAUGCCAAAUUACAGUGUGUUGACAUGGACCACACUGAAGUUAAGUGACUGAGUAUGCUUCCAGUUUUUUCUGAUAUUCGUUUGACUUAUAGUUAAUUAAUCAUAGAUUUAUGGUUGAUUAAUUCCUGCAGUGUAGAGUUGGCCAAACACAGGUCUAUACAGCCAAUAUCAAAUUCUUACCAAUACGUCGUCAAAGAAUUCAAGUCUUGCUAAACACUAAAACUCUAGAGAUUAGAUGUUUUAUUGAACUGGCCUUUCCAAAAAAAAUCUUGGUAGAUAUGGCUCCAAAUGACAGGUCCAACAUUUCCUAAUAGUUUCCUUGAAAGUUUCUUGGAAACUACUACGUAAUUUGGUGUUAUAUGAAUUUCCUUGAAAGAGUAGCUCCAUUUAGAUCCCAAGUAGAUAUUUACUAAGUCAUUUAUUAAACUAAAAGUCUUGCCAGGUUACAACCAAUUAAUUAACUGGAAGUGUAUCAUUUGAACACAGUCUUUAUUUUCCUUCAAAUCAGAACCAAAUUACAUUGCUAUUUCCAGGGAAGUUCUUGGAAAUGAUUGACAAAUGAUUAGGCUAUUACUUGGAAAUUAUGUGUGGUAAGACUUGGAGCUUUACAGCAGGGAUUUGUUCUGCAGUCAGACAGUGUCCCAGAGAAAAAAUCUCUCAUUUGUGCAGCAGUGAACAAACAUGUAAUGGUACAAAUGUCUACAAUUAGUUUUGCUGCUGUCUCAGUUCAUGGCCUAAUUGUGAAUCUCUGCACAGGGAAUAUUUUUAUUUCCCUUUAUCAUUACUGUUCAUCAUGCUCAGUUCUGCCUCUUUGUAAAAUGUGGAUUUACAUUAAAGUGUCCACUACCUCUCUUCUCCAGUCAGCUGCUUUCAGGGCCAUUGAGUGUAAAUACACAGACCUGUGAGUCAGGAAUGGGCUUAAAAGAUCAUAGUAAGGGACCAGUGUACAUGCAUGCAUGCAUAAUACAGUGUAUUAAAGUGCACAAAUUCAUUAACACAGAGGCACAGGCUAGCUCUCUCUUGUAAAUAUGUAUGUUUUGUAUAAACCAUCAUGUGGCCUUGUUUGGAAUGAAUGUAGUUUUUAAAUAAAUUUUGCUCUUAA